GGAACACACUCACACACUAUCUAACAUGUCGUCAGCGCGAAAAGCAAACAACGAUGUUUGUGAUACCCUUUACCCUCACACGCCCGCGCUUCACCGGAUGGCUGACUACCCAUAGGACCCCCGAUUGAGCCGUAUUCGCGAGAACCAGCGCCGCUCGAGAGCUCGAAAGAGGGAAUAUAUGGAGGAUCUUGAGAGGCGCUGGCAAAAAUGUAAAGAGCUCGGUGUGCAAGCUAAUGUCGAACUGCAGCAGGCUGCGAGGAAGGUUAUUGAGGAGAAUGUACUGCUGAGAGCGGUACUUUCCGAGGCUGGAAUUUCCCAGGAUGAGGUUGAGAGACGCCUACAAGUUUUGAAGGACAAGAAGGGGGAUGAACUGGCGGCGAGCGGAGCUGGGAGUGAGGUUGCGUGCGAGGAUAAUGGGUGCGGAGGUGCUGGCGGGAUGUUGGUUGGGUUGGAGGAAUUCUUCAAUGAGUUUGAAUUGCUGCCGUUGCCCCAGGGGACCUCCAGUGCAGCUAGUCUCACCGGCGAAUCACUGGAUUUGGGAAGCCUCGGUGACCCCACCGGUAUGGAGGGUAGUGGAGCUGCUUCCUCGGCCUCCCAAAAUCUUCAAACGCCCGAUUGCAACGCCGGAAUCUUGGAAGACUUCCCGAACCUCGACGAAUUGGAUACCAGCGAAUUCCUGGAGAACGUAUAGUCGCCUUCCCUCCCGGUUACUUGAUUGGCCCAGUGCUAAGCGUUAAGCAGCUUGAUCUUCCGCAAUCACUCGACUGGCCGCUGCCUGAUCAUAGCUCAUCACCGGCACCACCGGAGCCCCCCACGCCCGUCGUACCAACCCCCGAACAAAAGCGCCUGGAGCCUGAGGGCACAACUAAUUGUAUGGAAGCAUAUCGGCUCCUCAAAACAUUGAAUGAAAGACGUCCGGAGCUGAGGGAUAUGUUCGAGAUAGUGCUGGAACUGUGGAAUAGUUUUUGUCUACCCGAGCCAGGGGGCAAUGGUUGCCGACUGGACAGCGAAGCGCUGAGGAGGGCGAUUGAGUCGCUAAAGUCAAUUUUAAAAAAUUAAUAUGAAUCUUGCCCUGUG